CGAGUGCAUUUCCAACCAUUAAAUACCACCUGAGUUUCUGUGUGUAAAAAGCAGGUAGGAACUCGUCUAACACGAGGUCACGCGAUCUCCAACGUUCCCCCCGCUAUUCCACCUGUGUCCCGGGGCCAGAGGCUGUUUUGUCCCAAAGUCUCGACAGAAGCAACUUCUUGUACACAAUGGCUUUCUUCACUCACCAAAGAAGAAGUUUCUCGUCAUCGGCUCUCAGAAAUGUUGUUAUCAAACAAGUAACAAUCAUCGGAGGUGGACAGAUGGGGACAGGAAUCGCACAGGUUGCUGCAUCAACCGGCCACACGGUGACGCUGGUGGACACAAAUGAUGACAUCCUUAAAAAGGCUGUGAAAAGGAUAGAGGGAAGCCUCAAAAGAGUGGUGAAGAAGAAGUAUGCUGAUAAACCAGAGGCAGGUGAAGAGUACAUUCAGAAAGUUCUGCAGAAUGUGUCAACCUCCACAGACGCUGGAUCAGCAGCUCAGGUAUCUGAUCUGGUGUUGGAAUCCAUUGUGGAAAAUCUAAAGAUAAAACAGGAUCUGUUUUGUCAGCUUGACGAGGCAGCACCAGCACACACCCUCUUUGCUAGUAACACAUCCUUCCUGCCCAUCUCUGACAUUGCUAGCGCCACAAACAGGCUGGACAGAUUUGGAGGCCUUCACUUCUUCAACCCAGUCCCUAUGAUGAAGCUUGUGGAGGUCAUUGGGACUCCGACAACAAGCCAAGAGACUUUCGAUUCUCUCCUGAACUUCAGCAAAGCGCUCGGAAAAACACCUGUGUGCUGCAAGGAUACACCUGGAUUCAUUGUUAACCGCCUUCUUCUUCCGUAUAUAAAGGAUUCCGUUCUGCUGCAUGAGAGAGGUCAUGGAUCCAAAGAGGAUAUUGACAUUGCCAUGAAACUUGGUCUAGGUCAUCCCAUGGGACCCUUUGAGCUUUGUGAUUACGUGGGACUAGACAUCAUGAAAUCCAUGGUUGAUAGGUGGCUUGCAAUGGAGCCCAAACCACCGUUUGCUGAAAGCGAGAAUCUGAACAAGCUGGUGGCAGAGGGUAAACUAGGAAUAAAAACCGGAGAAGGAUUCUACAAAAAGUGAUCUCUUUUUAAGUGUUGGCUACAGUUGUGGUAAAAAAUAUAUAUAUAUAUGUCACUGCAAAACUAAUAAGAAGCAGGGGAGGCACUAGGAAUUCUGGGCCCCCGAAAAGAUAUCUCAGUGGUCCCC